AUGGCUCAAUCAGGACUAGCUGAAACUGUUUAUGACCCAAUCACGACCGACGACUGGGUGAAAACUCAUCCAGCGAUGGAGCAGCGAAAGACUCCAUGGGGGAGGAUCUUUGGCUCCUUCCGUGGCAGUUUCUUGCCCAUGGCGCGAAGUGCUGUGAGGGCUGAGGAGGUCCCACCUGCGGAGGCACCGAGGCCGGAAGAGAAGAAGCCUGAAGAGGAGCCCGCAGCGCAGUUUGAGUUUAUCCAAAAGGAAUGGCAGAACAUCUCGUUGCAGGACAACUGGGAUGGCUUUCGCAUUGAGGCGCAGAACAAGGUCACAGAGACCCUUCAGGCCACCCAUUCCAUUUUUCUAGGCACCCGACUACGCGAAUGUGGUUACCUCUACCACUUUGGCUCAGUCUUUCAAAGUCCGGAUCAGCGGACAGUCCUGUUGGCCCGAGCUGGUCUAGACGGAGGAGUGAACGGCCGAAUCAUUCAGAAGUUCGGAAGCUGCUGGGAAGUGAAAGCCUCAUCCAACUCAGAUUUGAAGGACGUCGGCCGGAACAUGCAUGAAAGUUCCGUGGAAUACAGCGGCCCCGAACGGGCGCUCUGUGGCAAAUUGGCCUGGCAGGGCGCUUGGGUCGGUGGAGGAUCCUUCGUUCAGAAGAUCCUGCCACAGCUGCAGAUGGGAGGCGACCUUACUUUAGUGGGUGUUAACGGUGUGACCUCCAUCGGUCAGGUUGGGCUCCGCUACGCGGAGGGGAAGAACAUCCUGACCGCCACUUUGAGUCGGACGCCUCCCUCCGGAAUGCCAGGAUCACCAGGACAAGUGCACGAGUUGAAAAUGUAUUUCGUGCGAAAGAUCACUGAGCGAUUAAACCUGGGGACGGAGUUCAAAUUUUCCUAUCCUGACAAGGACUCAGGCCUGAGUUUGGGCUAUGAGUACAUCUUCAGGAAUGCACGCAUUCAGGGCCUGCUGGAUACGGACGGCAAGGUCAGUUGCUGCGUCCACGACGCCAUGGGCUUCGGCUUCAGCGGUGUCAUCGACUAUGCGCGUGGCGACUACAAGUUUGGCAUGGUGAUGCAAGUGGCGCCACAACCGGAGCCUGGACAACAACCGCCGCUCUAGCACGGCAGAUUUUGUGGUGCGCAACAUGCCGCGUUGCGGCAAGUGCGUUACCGGACGUGUUGUUGGGCGACCGGUUGGAGGAUCUGCUGGAAGUUUAUAUUGGACAAAUGUUGUUGUUAUGCGCCGCAUCUUUGGGGAUCUGUGUUUGUUUUUUUUGGGG